AUGCCGGCGGAUUUGCUAGAUGCUGAGUCCACCCGGCCGGGCAGGACAGUCCGCCUCCCAGUCCUGUCCCUGGGGCUCAGCUCCCUGCCCCCAGGAAGCCACACGGCUGCUCUGUUCGCACAGGUGUUUGAGUGGAGCUCCUCUGAGGACGAGGACCCGCCUUCCGCGUGGAGAGCCGCGGGGGCCUUCCCGAAGCACAGCACCCCCGCGGAGGGCUUCCCUGGCCGGAGCCGGAGCCCGCGGGGCCCCAGGCCCUACCGCCCGGGAAGGGGCCCUGGAGACGGGUCCCCGCGGCCUGGCCGUGCCUCCCGGGACCCGCCGCCCCCCGUCCUCCGGAGGCAGCGGCUUUCUACCAUCUGGGCCUCCGAGGAGUCCAGUGAGCAGCCGGGGCCCGAGCCCAGCCCCCAGGCGCCAGAGGGGGAGCCACCCGUGCCCACCGAGGUCCCCCGCCCGCGGCGGCCACAGCCCCAGCGAAAGGCGAAGCCGGGAGAGCCCCCGGGGAGCUGGAGAAGAGGCCAGGGGCUGCCCGGGAUCUCCGACACCACAGGGCGGAGGCGCCGGGACCUGAGGAAGCUGGCGGCUGUGACGGAGCGCGUGAGGCAGUGGGAGGCCCGCCAGCUGCAGAGCAUCGAGGAGGCCGUGCAGCACGACCUCACAGUGCAGGACGAGUGACCGCCCGCCGACCUCCGUCCCCGUCCUCCCGACCGUCCGUCCCUGCACCCCACGCCUCCUCAGCACUUGAUGCCCCCCACAUUGUGCCACAAGGGGGGCUGUUG